AUGCUUGGCACUCUACACAUAUUCCGAUUGCUCCUAGCCCUAUAUGUCAUAUAUUACUCCCUAUUAGUUCUCUUCGGUGCACCACUUUUAUCCGAUAUCCACGCGUCUUUCCGCCUCGCAACUGUUUUAGUCUUCCUAACUACAGUCCCAGUUUGUUUAACAUUCGAUAGAGAGGUCACUAUAGCUGAUAUAGUCAAGCCAUUAUCGAAGUGCAGCAAUCGUGUGGUUCGUUGCAAGUUCACUGUUGGUACCACUCUUCUAGGCUGCUGGUUGGGUGCCUUCGUUAUUCCUCUUGAUUGGGACCAGGAUUGGCAGAGAUAUCCAUAUCCUAAUCUGAUCGGCAGCUUCAUUGGCUUUUUAGCCGGCUUGUUCGCGGGACACUUGUUUUUAUUUUUCAACCCACGUGGCAAGUUCGCCCGUGAUUAA